CAACUUGUAAAGCUGUACUUACUAGAUAGAGUCAGAAUGUGGAAACUGGAAGCGUGGGCAACAUAGGGUUUGAAUAAAUAAAAGUUCACUGACCAGCACACUGAAAUAAAAUAGGUGCUACCUUUGGGGAUAGAGAGAACCUGGAGUGACAGGAAGAAUAGUCUUCUCAAUACAAGAUGCCAAAGACAAGAAUUUAGGAGAGUCUCUUGUCCUGGGGACUCACUGACUUCUAUGAGCCAUGCCUCCUUUUCAGCAUUAAAAUAAUAUUAACAUCUCCAGCUAUACAUUAAGCUGGUAUAUUUCUGUUAUCACAUGUAGUACAUUACACGGGGUUCCAUGAGCACAAUAGUGUGUUCACAUGCUUAGCUCAGAUUGUCACUGAAAGCAACAGUGCCGAAGGAGACAUCACUUUCUACGUACUUCAUAGAACACUCCUGAGAAGUUCCUUGAUAACAUGCUUUUGCGAAGCUCAGGAAAAUUAAAUGUGGGCACCAAGAAAGAGGAUGGCGAGAAUACAGCCCCCACCCCACGCCCCAAAAUCCUGCGCUGUAAAUGCCACCACCACUGUCCAGAAGACUCCGUCAACAAUAUCUGCAGCACAGAUGGAUACUGUUUCACGAUGGUAGAAGAGGAUGAUUCUGGAAUGCCUGUUGUUACCUCUGGAUGUCUAGGACUAGAAGGGUCAGAUUUUCAAUGUCGGGACACUCCCAUUCCUCAUCAAAGAAGAUCCAUCGAAUGCUGCACAGAAAGGAAUGAGUGUAACAAAGACCUGCACCCCACCCUGCCUCCCCUGAAAAACAGAGAUUUUGUUGAUGGGGCUAUACACCACAAGGCCUUACUUAUAUCUGUGACUGUCUGUAGUUUACUCUUGGUCCUUAUCAUUGUGUUCUGUUACUUCAGGUAUAAGAGACAAGAAGCCAGACCUCGGUACAGCAUUGGGCUGGAGCAGGAUGAAACUUACAUUCCUCCUGGAGAGUCGCUGAGAGACUUAAUAGAGCAGUCUCAGAGCUCAGGAAGCGGAUCAGGCCUCCCUCUGCUGGUCCAGAGGACGAUAGCUAAGCAAAUUCAGAUGGUAAAGCAGAUUGGAAAAGGUCGCUAUGGGGAAGUUUGGAUGGGAAGGUGGCGUGGCGAGAAGGUAGCUGUGAAAGUGUUCUUCACCACGGAGGAAGCCAGCUGGUUCAGAGAGACUGAGAUCUAUCAGACAGUCUUGAUGAGGCAUGAAAACAUUCUUGGGUUCAUUGCUGCAGAUAUCAAAGGGACUGGAUCCUGGACCCAGUUAUACCUCAUCACAGACUAUCAUGAAAAUGGCUCCCUUUAUGACUAUCUGAAGUCCACCACCCUAGAUGCAAAAUCCAUGCUGAAGUUAGCCUACUCCUCCGUCAGUGGCCUGUGCCACUUGCACACCGAAAUCUUUAGUACUCAAGGCAAACCAGCAAUUGCCCAUCGGGAUCUGAAAAGUAAGAACAUCCUGGUGAAGAAAAAUGGGACUUGCUGUAUAGCAGACCUGGGCUUGGCUGUUAAAUUUAUUAGUGAUACAAAUGAAGUUGACAUCCCACCCAACACUCGAGUUGGCACCAAGCGCUAUAUGCCUCCUGAAGUGCUGGACGAGAGCUUAAAUAGGAAUCAUUUCCAGUCCUACAUCAUGGCCGACAUGUACAGUUUUGGGCUCAUCCUCUGGGAGAUUGCAAGGAGAUGUGUUUCAGGAGGUAUAGUGGAAGAAUACCAGCUUCCCUAUCAUGACCUGGUGCCCAGUGACCCCUCUUAUGAAGACAUGAGAGAAAUUGUGUGCAUCAAAAAGUUACGACCCUCAUUCCCCAACCGAUGGAGUAGUGAUGAGUGUCUCAGGCAGAUGGGGAAGCUCAUGACAGAGUGUUGGGCUCAUAAUCCUGCCUCCAGGCUGACGGCCCUGCGUGUUAAGAAAACACUUGCCAAAAUGUCAGAGUCUCAGGACAUUAAGCUCUGACGUAGGAUACUCUUCUGCUUGUGGGCAGAGUGAGAGAUCUUACAGAAGCAUCUGCAGUCCAAGCCUUGAACAUCUUCCUAUUGCCCCAUGAGUUCAGACCUCCCCUCUUGGGGAGCAAGCUGGACAGGCAGAGAGGGUUCCAGAAGCACAGAUGAAUCUUGGCUUUCUGAGGAGGGAGAAACUGUUGGGUAAUUUGUUCAAGAUACAAUGCAUGUUGCUUUCUAAGAAAGCCCUAUAUUUUGGGAUUGCCAUUUUCAGAAAAAAAAAGAUGCUUUAAUUUUGCCAAAAUAAAACAAAUGUAGAAGUUUUAAGGUUUAUACAAUUAUAAUUUAAAUUAUAACAAAAUUCUUCCCAGAACUUAACUGAAAGUUAAAACGUUUUCCAUUGGCAAAAUACUCUUGCACUAUACAGACCAAAACAGUCUGUGAACAUAAAUUAGAAAUCUACUUAUAGGCUUUGUUCUCCUGCCUCAGGCUUCUCAGACCAUUUGGCCAGCCCUGCUCUGGGCAUGGCUCUUGCAGUGUGAAUGCACAUGCAUACAGGGUCCACCUGCCUGGAAUUCCUAAAGGUGGCCCUCAAACAGCUUCAGAAGCUUUGGAACAAAUGACUCUAAUAGAAGUAUGUGGUCUGUUCUGCAGAACCACUCCUGUUCUGGUUGCAUUGGGCAGUUCUUUCAGGUCACCCCCCCCACUUUUUUUUAAAGCAAACUUUUUUCAUGUGCAGAGAACUAACAUAGGCGUGCUUCUGUUCUCUCAAAUCAGAAGAUCGAUAUUAAAUAAAGCUGCCAGAGUUGUGUUAAAGACAAGGUACUUUAAAAUAGAAAUAAUUUGCUCUUGUGUUGUAAGAAAAACAUGUCGAUAAGGUAGGGGCAGAGGUCGAAGGUGUAGAUGGCUUGCUUCUUGUCUGUGCAUAAGAGCCAAUAUCAGAUGCACAAGGAAAGAAGCCUGGACGUCUUAUUUUGUAUAGUUUUUCUUUUUGUUGUUGUUUGUCUUUUUUUAAUCUCUGAAUUAAGGGAUAAAGGGGAAGUAUCUGUCUGGUUAACUUCACUAAAUUUUAAUUUAAAAAUAAACGUCAGAUGGAUGAACCGAGGAAAGUUAAUGAAAGCCACAAAACAUUAUGGCUGCUAUGAUCUAUUCUAGAAUAGAUUUGGAUCCAAUAUGGACCUAUCAAGUGAUUACUUCACACAGUAGGUACAUGGGAUCAUUUGUUCUCAUAUUGAUUUCACUAUUUAACUUAUUCUGCUUCUUCUUUGUGGCACUUGUAUAAAACAUCUCCAUUUAUUCAGUUCUGUGAGAUUUUAACUUUUGACUAUUUCAACAAAAUCACGAUAGGAUCAAUAUUUCUUAGCGACAGGAAUAUAAUAAAGUUUAAAAUUAUACGCAACCCUCUCAACUUUAUUCAUUUCCUUCCUGUGGUUUUUUUUCUUUGCUGCUUAGAAAUUAUUUAUUGGUUAGUAAGGAAUAUAGUUCUUCCCCCUUUGUCAUCAAAACAGACAUUCCUUCCAGAAUACUCCAGGGGGCAGUGUUUUCUUACAAUUUCACCACUGGGUGACUGAAAGAAUUUUGGAAAAAGUGACUGACUGCUGCACGAAAAAUGAGAAAGAUUUUACUCACUUCUAAACUAGAUGUGUAGCUAGCGUCUUGUUUGUCCAGAGAGCGCCCUGGGUGUCUAUGAGCUGAAUUGAGAGUUUGGGGAAAAGGUAUGGAGAACAGUGUUCUAUGCUGAUUCCCCUUCCAGUAUGAAUCAGAGACACACUGUGUUUUCCAAUAAGAAAGAAGUAUUGCUGGGUUCUUAAAUUUGGAAAGAAAAAGAGUUAAAACAACUGAUUCUUAAUUUGAUGGGCACCAGAAUGCUGCUUCUAGUAACGCCAGUGGAAGAGCAGCCCGAAGAGACAUUUCUUACUGUCCAAGUGCAUUAUUUGUGGUAGUUCUACCCAUAUAUUUUUCCUAAACCAAGUGUGCCAAUAGUCAGAUCAUCCACAAACACCUAAGUGAACAUUUUGGCCAGUUAAAUCAGUGUAUUUUUGUUGUUUUCUGAGUUUCCCUUAAAUUAAAAUGAGGUUGGGCUUCCCUCUAUGAUAAAAUUGUAUUUUCUAAUUGGUAAGUUAUUCCACAUGGAUAACUUCAAAUCAGAAUGUUCUGUGGUGAGUUCAAAGUAGACUAAUUUCUGGAGUUCCAAUGAAAGAUGGAAAGGAAGUUAAAAUAGUUCUCUUGUGUUCUGCAUUUGGUUGUUUGGGGGAAGCUGAACAGCUUACUUUCCAAUUGUUAACCUUAUUUAUUCAUUAUGAAAAUCUUGAAAUUAUUCUUGAGAUGCUUAAAAAGACCCACUCAGUUAUAACCACUUUCCCAUGAGAAUUUACUUAUGAACAGAUCCGUUUUCUGUCCUACCAAAAUCUUCUUUGGUAAUACUAAGUUGUCUUAACAACUGCCUGCUCACUUCCCAAUAAUCCAUGAUAAAUUUUACAUUUCCAGCAGCUCAGAAAUUAAUCUUAUUUCCUGCUUUGGUGUUCAGUUGAGUGAGUACCUGCAAAUUAGUAAUAUUAUCGAUUGCUGAUCAUCAGGACUAUUUCAAAGACGAAGCUUUUCUUCUAAUUCCUUCCCCUCAAAGGAGUCCUAAAUUAUUGUCAGAUAAACUUUGUAUGUUCAGGUUUAUGGCUUAUGUAUGCAUGUAUAUAUUAUAUAUAGUUGUAUAUGUAAAUAUCAUGCUCAUUGUGGAGUCUGGUACAACUCCAUUAUGUGGAUUAGAGAGUAAAAUAUUAUGGAUGAUAAAGUAUUAAAUGAAGCAUAAUAUUUAUUUAUGGAAGUGUGUACAUUGUUAAUUCACAAGUGACGAGCAGUGAGCCCUGUGCCUGAGGAGAUGGGCCUCUGACCUCCUGGAAAGUAUGCUCAGAAGUCACUAGUAGACGUUCUUUUUAUUCCCCAAACAGAACUUCUUAGAAAACAUGCUGAGAUUUUAUUUACAGGGAAUUCGUUGACACAUUUCAAUUGGUGUGUUGUCAAGGAUAGCAAGUACUUAGUAAUGACUGAAUUUCGUGUUCCUAGGGUCAUGCAUAUUCAUUAGCAGCUUUAUGUUGUUCAUCUGCUCUGGCCCUUCUUUGUUUAUAGGUGGAAAG